CAGAGGAGAGACUUCUGUCUGUGAGAGGGAGGAGAAAGGACUACAUGGAGGAAUAUAAAGCUCUUAUUCUGCACAAAACUGAUCCGGAUAACUUCUCUCGCGUCUGUUAAGAAGCCAUGAAGUCACCUUAGUGGGUCUGUGUGUAUUUUUUAAUUUUUAUUUUAGUCGGCGAACAGGAAAAGUGAAGCUCUGAAGUGCAGGCGCUCCUCCGAGUUUAACCCACAGUACGCUGGAUCCACGGCUGCUGCUGCUGCUGCCAGUUGCUCCGAGAAAAAGAAGAGUUUAACAGAAAGAGGCGAGAAGAAGUUUGUGCAAAAUGCAAGGAGUUUCAGCUACCGAUCUCCCUGCCUCCCCUCUGCAGUACCAGUGUGGAUCAGUGGACUACCUGUGUUCUCCAAGGCUCAUAAAGAAAGGUCCGACCCCCAGACCAUGUCACGACAAGCCUCCAAUCAAACCGCGGCCUCAGCCCCCCACCUCGCCCAGAACGCUAACCGCACAGAAACCUCAAGUGCCCCCUAAACCUGCGCACCUGCUCGCCCUUGGGCAAGACAAGAAACCUAAGAGGAUCCCACCGGCACCCUCCAGGCCUCUGCCAGCACCCCCUCUUCCACCUAAACCAAAGCCUACGCUAACCCCUCCUGGCCAGGGAGCACAGCCGCAGAGAGAGGCCCAGAAAGUUGGGCUGCUGAUUGAGAGGUUUGAAAAUUCAAGGGUCCCCAUCCUUGGGGUGCUUCCACGCUCACAGCUGCAGCUGUGUCUGAGGAUGGACAGUGCACCGGAUAUCACUUCCUGCAGCCAGGACACCACAGCAAAGGUUGCAGGAGACUCCUUCCCUGUGGAUAAACCUGCGCUUGGCAACUUUGAACGGACUGACGACGAGACUGAUCUCUCGCGUCUGGCUUCCAUGCGCAUCGACGGCACCGGUGAUCCUGUGAUGGAUAGCUGUGCAGAGAAUGACAUCACGCAGAACGAUGGCUGCCUCAAUGACGUGGGGCGGGAUGAAGGUUCAUCCCGCAAACUUCUGGACAAUCCGGACUCCUCAGAGCAGAACGGGAAGAUUCCCAACCGGGACAGUGGCAUUGACAGCCCGUCGUGCACCGUAGAAGGGGAGGUGUUCCCUAAUGAGGAUGUCAUUGACGAGGAGGAUAAUUACGACAGCGUCACUGAGACAGAGAGUGUGUCCUGCUGCGUUACACUGGACAACAAGCGAGACUCAACGCAGGAUGAGGACAGUGACUUAGAUGAGGGGAGCAGUGGGGAGAUACACUCUCUGACAGACACACAGAUCGGGUAUCUCACAGAUACACACUCGGAGGCGCAGAAAUGCUCAGAAGCUCAGAAACUCCUGAAUAUUGCCAAAGAGCUUCUCCAAACUGAAGAGGCCUACGUGAAACGACUCAAUCUCCUCGACCAGGUAUUUUGCACAAAGCUCACCGAGGCUGGAAUCCCUCAGGACGUCAUUACAGGGAUCUUCUCCAACAUCUCUUCUAUCUACUGCUUUCACGAUAAGUUCCUGCUCCCUGAGCUCAAGACACGGAUUACUGAUGAAUGGGAAAACAAACCACGCAUCGGAGACAUCCUCCAGAAACUGGCUCCAUUCAUGAAGAUGUAUGGAGAGUAUGUGAAGAACUUUGACCGGGCCAUGGACUUGGUCAACACCUGGACGCAGCGAUCUUCACAAUUUAAGAGUGUCGUUCAGAAUAUACAGAAACAGGAUGUGUGCGGGAAUCUGACGUUGCAGCACCACAUGUUAGAGCCAGUCCAAAGGAUUCCUCGCUAUGAGCUCUUGCUCAAAGACUACCUGAAGAAGUUGCCCGAUGAUGCUCUCGACAGAAAAGACGCUGAAAAAGCACUGGAGCUCAUUUCUACCGCAGCUAACCACUCCAAUGCAGCGAUCAGGAAAAUGGAAAAGAUGCACAAACUGUUGGAGGUGUAUGAGAGGCUUGGAGGAGAGGAGGACAUAGUUAACCCAGCCAAUGAGCUCAUAAAAGAAGGACAUAUCAAGAAGAUGUCAGCCAAAAAUGGGACAGCGCAAGACCGAUACCUCUACUUGUUCAACAAUAUGGUGCUAUACUGUGUGCCUAAACUCCGACUUAUGGGGCAGAAGUUCAGUGUCAGAGAGAGGAUUGACAUUGCUGGCAUGGCGGUGCAGGAGAAUGUGAAGCAGAACCUUCCUCACACGUUUGCCAUCAUCGGUAAGCGACGUUCACUGGAGCUGCAAGCCAGGACGGCUGAGGAGAAGGAAGACUGGAUUCAGGUUAUCCAGGCCACGAUUGAACGACACAAACAAAACAGCGAGACGUUCAAAGCCUUCAACAGCUCCUUCUCCCGGGAAGAUGACUAUGUGCCAGAGUCACCGGGUUUGUGGUCAAACACAUCCAUCGACUCCGAUGGCGAAAGACUACAAGAAAGGAAGAGUUCCAAGAAAAAGGAGAAGGAGAAGCAGACAUGUAAAGGUUGCAGCGAGAGCUUCAAUUUCACCAAGCGCAAACAUCACUGCAAGUCCUGUGGAGCGGCCAUCUGUGCAAAGUGUUCAAAGAUGGACAACAAAACGAGCCGAGUGUGUCCGGAAUGUUUCGAAGCCAGCCUCAGCAUAGAGAACCUUGGUACUGGUGAACAGAGAAGAAAAACUGCACCUGAGAGACAGGUUUCUCUAACGGCAGAGAACUGCCUGCUGUGUGGCCACCUCCAAGUACAGGAGAAAGGGAAGAGCUGGAUGAAAAUGUGGGUGGCUGUGACCAAGGCUGAGCCGCUGGUGCUGUACUUACAAAGCAGCGGACAGGACUCAAAGGGGUCGCGGCCAGUACCUCUCCCUGGGUUUGAGGUGAGCCCAGCACCUUCUGCAGCUGCUGAGAAAACGGAGGUCAAACACAUAAUCCGGCUCAGCAACACUCAGCAAACUUUGCUCUUAAGUGCCCAAGAUGAAGAACUUCAGGCCAAGUGGGUGGACUUCCUCUCCAAAGCUGCCCGUGGAGAAGCUUCCGCUGAGGCAUCGACGAGCCUGACUGAACACAGGAAGAGCCAGUAGUGGACACGUUGGAGACACAGGACUCCCAACCCUCCUCCCUCCCUCUCCUGUGUAUAGAGCACACAUUACUUGAAAUCACUUUACCUUGGCACUUUUUUAUUUUUCCUUAUUUGUUUUCUUUAUAAAGACCACUGAGUCCUUUGCCACUUCAAACUUAUCUUUCUUACCACACAGCUACUUCUUUUUCCUCUCUCCAUCCUUUAUGUAUUUCCCAAACACGCACCUACACACAAAUAAGGACUAUCCUACCAAGCCGCCAAUGCCACUGGUUAGUAGAUUUUAUUUCUCAGUGUUUUGAACAGCUAGAGCGAAGCUUUGAAGAACCUUGAUUUGUAAUAUAGAUGAAAAAAAACAUGUUUUUUUUAAGAUGAAGUUCCUUGUAUAUCAUUCAAUGGUGUUGUGAAGCAUUAACAUUUAUACCUCUGUCUUUCCAUUUGUGUGGAAGUGUGUGUGUAUGUAUGUAUGUAUGCGUGUCUUUGAGUGUGAGUCCCCUCUGGUGUUUAUUAAGUAUUGAAUGUUAGUGUAAGGACCCAUGUCACCUCUCUAUUGUCUCCAGCAGUGGUGGGUAAUUGGGUGUUGUACAAUAUGUAUACUAUGGUGUGAUGUAAGGAAAAAAAGACAAAAAUAGACAUUUUAACUUAAAAGGCACAGAAAUGUGUACAUUUGUGGCUGGCCACCUGAUGCUCCCACUGUCUUACAGACCCUUUCGUCUCUUAUGCAUUGGUAAAAUUCCCUCUCCGUCAUUUUCGUGGAACUCUGUGACCUCUAAUCUAAGCCUGAGUGACCACAUUUCCACUCUCUUAUCUUUGUGACUCGUCUAGACGAAAGAGUAGUUACAGGGCUUCAGUUCUGACACUGUGUUGCAGGUCCAGUGUCUCAAUAACUCCACUUGUACACGUACUAAAUAAAUCCUUUAUGUAUAGGUCUCUCUUUCUCAACAUUGCAACCAUUUGCCUGCUUCUCUCCCUUUUGGUGAUGUGAUGGAAACCAAGUACUGUACUGUAAAACUGUUCCUUCUGCCUUGUCCCCCGUACCCCGCUCCUAUCAGCACCAGCCUUUAAGCAAAAGUAGCAAAAAACAAAACAAAAAAAAAAGCGUCAUCGGAUCUCUUUGUGCAUGUAAACUCACUCAUAUUUAUGUACCUUGCUAUGAAAUCUUGCCCUUGCCCCUCUUUUUAUGCUCCAGAAUUUGUUCUUGUAGUACUGUAAGUAAGCAGAGUCAGCAUUGAGUGUUUUAAAAACAUGGUUUGUGCGCAGUGGAAAAGCAUCAUCAAUAAACAGACGUGGUUAAUUCAGUACCACACUGUCCAGUAAGAUAUUAA